AGUAGAAUCCCUACGUCAGCAGUGCCUAAAAGGAAAGGAAGCACAUGCGUUUACUGGCUGUUGGAAACUAAUAUUUGAUAUAACAGGUAUUUUUCAAAGUUCACAUGCCAUCUGACAAUCCAGAAUAUUUGACCUACAGUAAAGAUACACAUUUUUUCCAGUUCAGAUUUACACGCUGGCAAACUUCAACGAUGUCACAGGCUACUAAACGCAAGCAUGUUGUCAAGGAGCAGACACUCGACGAUUACGUCACACCUACAGAGAACCAACAGAUUGUGCGGGUUCUUGGUAGUCGUGGCAACAACCUACACGAGGCUGUCACGGCCCAGGGGGAGAACUUCCUGAUCAGCAUGCCCCCAAAAUUCCGCAAGAACCUCUGGAUUAAGAGAGGUGACUAUGUGAUUGUAGACCCUAUAGAGGAGGGAGAGAAGGUGAGGGGAGAGAUCAGCUUCAUACUCUACAGAGACCACAUUCAGCACCUGCAGAAACUCACACUCUGGCCUGAGGCCUUCACAGACGAGCCCCCAUCUGAAGAGAGAACAGAUGCACCACAGCCCAGGGAGGGGAGAAGGGAGGAGAAGGUAGAGGAUUGUGGGAGUGAUCACAGUACUGACUCAGAGGAUGACGAGAGCGAUCUCUUCGUCAACACCAACCGCUGUAACGUCCACUACAGUGAGAGUGAGGAAGACAGUGAGGAUGAGAAGGAUGAAGGGGAGGAUAAAGUGGAGAGCAGCUUUUAGUGGGGAAAUCUUUACAAGAGACAGUACAAUGCUGUGGACAAUGUUUACACACAUGUCGCCCUCAGAAUACACUGCUGCUGAAGAAUGAGUUGUGGAUUAUACUCUCCAGUCCCACCCCAUGAAUCCAAUCAAACAGAAAAUCCUGCUAUUUCACCAUUUAUUUGGUGGUUGAACUUAGCAUUCCCAUGGACAUAAUAGGUCAGGUAUAUCAUACUUAUACCACUUGUCCUAGAGAGGAACAUUAGCAUGCUUUGCUAAACUGCUAAAAGAGGUUCAUUGUGGAAUUAUUGAACUGGUCCAUGACAUUCCUGACUGAAGAGGUUGUCAUAAUUUAUGUACAUAAUUAUUGUGUAAUAAAAUCUUUAUUGUGGUCUUUCAUCAGAA